AUGUCUGAAGAGAACAAAAGCUUCUUUUGUGACGGAUUAUGGAUUUUGAGAAAUUCUUGUGGUUGGCAGGCUGGAAGUAGAACCAUUGAUAUAGAGCUGACUACAUUAUCAAGCACCAACCAUAUUAAACUGAGCCCUAGUGAUGCAGGGUUUCAGGACAGAUAUAUUGUUCAAGAGAUAAUUAAAGAAAUGGCUAAAAAUAGACCCAUUGACACAAAAGGGAAAAAAGGAUAUAAAGUCUUAGUGCUGAAUGAAGUUGACAAACUUUCAAGAGAAGCACAACAUUCUCUUCGAAGAACUAUGGAGAAAUAUAAUGCCUAUUGCAGGCUAGUACUAUGCUGUAAUAGCUCGUCAAAGGUUACUGAAGCAAUCCGGUCUCGGUGUCUUAAUGUGCGAAUAAAUGCACCAACAGAAGAACAGAUUAUGAAAGUAUUGGAGUUCAUUGGAAAGAAAGAAGGGCUGCAGCUUCCUUAUGGAUUUGCUGCUCGUAUAGCUGAAACAUCAAAUAGGAGCUUAAGGGGAGCUAUAUUGUCAUUAGAAACUUGCCGUGUUCAACAGUAUCCCUUUACAAGUAACCAGGCAAUACCCCCAAUGGAUUGGGAGGAAUAUGUUUCUGAAAUUGCAUCUGAUGUAAUGAAGGAGCAGAGCCCAAAAAGGCUUUAUCAGGUGCGGCAAAAGUUGUAUGAGCUACUUCUUAAUUGUAUUCCUCCAGAGAUCAUCUUGAAGAGGCUUCUUUAUGAGUUAUUGAAGAAGUUGGAUGCAGAGUUGAAGCACGAGGUCUGCCAUUGGGCUGCAUAUUAUGAACAUAGGAUGCGUCUUGGGCAGAAAGCUAUAUUUCACCUUGAAGCGUUCGUGGCCAAGUUCAUGAGCAUUUAUAAGGGUUUCCUCAUUGCAGCAUUUGGUUGAGCACCAGACUGGCAUGAUUUCCUUGAAUCUAAAAUGUUACUUUGAACAUGAUGGCAAUGAAAUGUGUACAUGUGUCACUAUACAUUAUGGGAAGAUUUUGUAGCAGUCUCUUUUCUCUUUCAUUGUUUUUCCUUUUAUAUUUGAAAA